CAGCAGUUCUGUGGAAGGAAGCGGAAAUAAGCCUUAUGCUAGCAGCUACAUUCAGGCUCCGUGAACGGGCUGUAAGCGACAGCAGACACACAGUGAUUGUUGCCUCUCCAGAGGAAACAGGGAGUGGAUAGUCACACGAUAGGGCUUUCGUUAGUUACGGUGGCGACAUCGAAACGGUAUAUCCAGAGUGGUGACACACUGUGACCUUUAUGUGAGGUCUAAGCCCUAAAGAAACGGGUCACAGACGGGAGGAGAGACUCGGAGAGAAGCAUUUGACCACAGAAGCCAGGAUAACCUUUUAUUUUUUUAUUCAGUUCCUGAAACACAGCUGCAACCAGCAGUUUUCUACCAAGCCACAACCACCAUGGAGGCCAUUGCCAAAUAUGAUUUCAAUGCAACUGCUGAAGACGAACUUAGUUUCAAGCGUGGAGAUAUCCUUAAAGUAUUAAAUGAAGAGUGUGAUCAGAACUGGUACAAGGCAGAGCAUAAUGGAAAAGAUGGCUUCAUUCCCAAGAAUUACAUAGAGAUGAAAGCCCAUCCGUGGUUCUUCGGGAAGAUUCCCCGGGCCAAAGCAGAGGAGAUGCUAAACAAACAGCGGCACGAUGGGGCCUUCCUCAUCAGAGAGAGUGAGAGUGCGCCUGGAGAUUUCUCCCUCUCUGUGAAGUUUGGAAAUGACGUCCAGCACUUCAAGGUUCUUCGUGAUGGGGCUGGAAAGUAUUUCCUAUGGGUGGUGAAGUUUAACUCACUCAACGAGCUGGUGGAAUACCACCGCACCUCCUCGGUCUCUCGCAAUCAGCAGAUCUUUCUGAGAGAAAUAGAGCAGGUCCACCAGCAUCCCACAUAUGUGCAGGCACUCUUCGACUUCGACCCCCAGGAGGAGGGAGAGCUGGGUUUCCGACGCGGCGACUUCAUCCAAGUCCUGGACAACUCUGACCCUAACUGGUGGAAAGGAGGCUGUCACGGCCAAACGGGCAUGUUCCCCCGUAACUACGUCACCCCUGUCAAUCGGAACAUGUAAAACAGUCAGACCAUGUAAACAAGAACAACAACCACAACACGGCAACCAUCACCACCACCACCAUCAUUAUCUUCAUCAUCAUCAUCUUUGAUCUUCAUCAGCCCCCACCUGACCCAUUUAAGCCCCUCCCCAUCCACCACUCUUGGCCAUUCCACAGUAACAGGAGCAGACAGGAAGAACGCAAACAACUGAAAGAGAGAUGAGACAGGGUAGGUGCUGUUGUAGGCGUCUCUGUGUGGGUGGCAGCUGAGCACAAUCAACUUUAACUUGUGCUAAGAAUGUUCACCACCCCAGUGAUCGCCACGGUGACGAUUCAACUGUCUUUGAGGGAAAUCAGAAUGCAGAGAAACUAAAGCGUAGUGCACCAACCAUCAAGAUAAAUGAUUCUACCACUCCCGCAGCUGCUUCUGUCUUCUCCUAAACUUCCUAACAUUCUGCCUUUCUUUUUGUCUCCCUUCUUUUGCCGCAUGUUGUUUUAAUCUUCUAAAUGAAAUGCCUACCGAUGAAAUCCUAACUCUGUUUUAAAGAAAAUGAAAUUAAAAAUAUAAAAAAGAAAUGGUUUUAAAAAAAAAAAAUGUACAAAGAAGAAGAGAAGAAAGAAAAGAUGCCAUCUACAAGUACAGCAAGUUUCCAUGUUUAAGUUCAUUGGCAUGUGAGCAUUGUACAUCAGCCACUGGCUGUAUAAAUAAAUCAACUAUAGAGAGAAUCCAUUUUUUAAGAAUAUAUAUUAUAUAUUUGUAUGUGUUUGUCUGUUUUACCUCUCAUCAAAUUGUUUUUUUUUCCUCCAUUUGUAAAUUAUGUUCAAUCCUUAUGUUAGUCUGGAUAAGACCUAGUAGCUCUAGAAUGUGCUGAAUUGUCAGUCAAGUUCCUUUUUUUUGUUUUGUUUUUUUGUUUUUCUGAAUCUAUCUGAGGGCUCUCAGAUAAAACAGCAUGCUAUUCAAGAGUCAUACAAGUUCCAGCGGGAAAAAGAUUUUGCUUGUGUAUAAUAAGAAGAAAUUAGGAGAAACCUGAGAAGAAACACUUCUUGUUACAAAGCUAACAUUGACCAGCAAGUAGAGCCACAAAUGCUGCAAGAGCUGUUGUAUUACAAAGCCCCUCGUAAAAGGUCGGACACCUUUUCAAAGCCUAUGUAUUUAUUGCAGCCAUUUUACUUGGGCAGUGAAUGUAGCUUACUGAGGCCAUAGACAUUACAAUGAGGGAAGCAAGGUCAGAGAACUGAACUACACAAACCAUGCAAGGGAUUUUUAGGAAAAGACACGCCAAGUUGGCAAUGUUGUCAAUAUUCACUUAAAAAGACAGACAGUUGUAUGAGGACAUGUACAGGUAGUUAACAUGCAUACUCGAACAGUCAUUACAUGCAUGCAUACGCAGACGUUCUCCUCCCCGCUACACCUGCACGUAGUACGGAGGCGGAGUCUGGAUAAUCACAGUGUGUAAUAAUCACCAGUGCAGAUCUGCAGCUGGCACAACAGUCCAGAAAUCUGAGAGAGCGUCUUUUAUGCUUCAAGUUGAGAGAUCAGCUUCAAUGAUGUAAAAGAUUUUCAUUUUAUUUUUUUUCUCCUUCCUUUUUGUUCUUUGUCCAUUGUGGCGUGUGGUCAAGCACUUUUUUUGUUUCUGAUCCAGUGUGUGUGUUUGUUUACUGUGUUUGUGUUUUGUCGUUCUCUCUGGAUAGUGCCUUUCUCUCUGGUAUUUCAGUGUCUCCAACCUGCUACUUUGAGCCCCCUCCCUUAACGGGGUCUGCCAGUCCUGCAGUGAGAAACAGUGUACAUAAUCCAACCUGUCCCAUCCAGCAAUGACUCCACUCCUCCUCCCUUACUCCUUCCCUCUUACAUCUACCCGCCUUCACCUUUGUCCUCACCAAUGUGGAACUCUUCUUAUUUAAAUGUCUCUCGCCUUGUCUUACCUAAUGAUACGGUUUUGUUUUGCUCUUCUUUUUUUUAUUUGCAUUUGUUUUUGUUUGUUUGUUUUUUGUUUUCAAUUAAUAAAAUGCAAUUAUUAAAAAAGGAGAAAA